GGAUGUUUGUAAAUAAUUAUUUAAGUUGAUACUAUCUGGGAAUGUGCAGGGCGCCGUUAAUGUGUGUGUGUGCCGGGGUGUCUGUGCGAAUUGGGUGAAGCGCACUUCAUCAGAGCGAGUCGGAGGAGAGCGAGCAGUGACUGCGUGCUGCGUUCAGGAGGCUGUAGAAAGGAGCCUCCUCUCUUCUAUACUCUCUCAUUCGCUACCUCUGCGAGCGUGGUGCCGAGUGCAGUUGGUGUGUCGUUGCCAAGGCGAUCACGGGCCUCUUUGCUUUCUUUGCUGGAGUGGAGAAGGGGAAUGUCUGGUUCCAGGAAGGAGUUUGACGUGAAGCAGAUUUUACGAAUUCGAUGGAGGUGGUUCGGUCACCCGACGUCUCCACCGCCCCACAGCCAGCCACUGGGCGACUUCUUUAGCGGGAGGAGUACGGGAAAUUCAGCGGAAAACUCCUCCAUGAGCGGGGGUGCCAGCAGCUCCAACAACCUUAGCAGUAGCGGUAGCGGUAGCAGUAGUAAUAAUAGUGGCGGUUCCUGCAGCAACAGCAGUGAUAAUAGAAAGUUUUUGGACUCGUCAAGUAAUUCGGUGGCUUUAGCCGCCAGUGCUUCUGGUUGCCGCCGCUCUUUUAGCCAUCAGGACUGUCGGAGCCCACCACCCCUGCCCUGGGUCGCCUCCCCACCCCCGGAGGUUCCCGUCCAGGAGUUAGCAAACGAAGGUUGCCCGGAGUCCCAGCAGCAUCCUCCGGAGGCAGAAGCAGAGGAAACCGGUGGAAGUGAAGAGGACAACAACAAUAUUGAUUCAGAUUCCAGCUCCUGCAGGACCUCGAACAGCACUCAGACCAUAUCCUCAUGCCACACCAUGGAGCCCUGCGGGCCCGAGGAGCUCUUCCAGGCCCUGAGCCACGCUGAGCACACCUUCCACAAGAUGGAGAGCUACCUGAGACACAAGCAGCUGUGCGACGUGGUGCUGCUGGCUGGGGAGCGCAGGAUCCCCGCACACAGACUGGUCCUGUCCUCGGUGUCGGAUUACUUUGCCGCCAUGUUCACCAGUGACGUCAGGGAGGCCAAGCAGGAGGAGGUGAAGAUGGAGAGCGUGGACCCAGAUGCAUUGUGGGCACUGGUGCAGUACGCCUAUUCAGGGCGCCUGGAGCUUCGGGAGGAGACUAUCGAGAGCCUGCUGUCGGCCUCCUGCCUGCUACAGCUGCCCGCCGUGGUCCAGGCCUGCUGCUCCUUCCUGGCCAAGCAGCUCCACCCUUCCAACUGCCUGGGCAUCCGCUCAUUCGCUGACGCCCAGGGCUGCGUGGACCUGCACGGGCUGGCGCACGACUACACCAUGGGCGGCCCCUCUGUUCCGCAGGAGCACUUCCUGGAGGUGGUGAGGAACCAGGAGUUCCUGCUGCUGCCCCCGGCGGAGAUGGAGAAGCUGCUCUCCUCGGACGACAUGAACGUGCCGGACGAGGAGACGGUCGUGGGCGCCCUGCUGGCCUGGGUGCAGCACGACGUGGCGCAGCGGCGGCAGCACCUGCCCGAGCUCCUGGCGCACAUCCGCCUCCCCCUGCUGGCCCCGCAGUUUCUAGUGGACAUGGAGUCGAACCCGCUGCUCCAGGAGAGCGUGGAGUGCCAGCGCCUGGUGAUGGAGGCCAUGAGGUACCACCUUCUGCCCGAGCGCCGCCCGCAGCUGCAGAGCCCUCGCACCCGGCCCCGCAAGGCCACCGUUGGCGCGUUGUUCGCCGUGGGUGGCAUGGAUGCCACCAAAGGUGCCACCAGUAUUGAGCAGUACUGCCUGCGCAGGAACGUGUGGAGGCAGGUGGCGGUGAUGAGCGGGCGGAGGCUGCAGUUCGGCGUGGCCGUGCUGGAGGACCGCCUCUACGUGGUCGGGGGGCGGGACGGACUCAAGACCCUCAACACGGUGGAGUGCUACAACCCCCGCAGCAAGAGCUGGAGCGUCAUGCCCGCCAUGUCCACUCACAGACACGGCCUGGGGGUGGCGGUGCUGGGAGGGCCCAUGUACGCCGUGGGGGGCCAUGAUGGGUGGAGCUACCUGAGCACCGUGGAGCGCUGGGACCCUCAGGCGCGGCAGUGGAGCUUCGUGGCCAGCAUGGCCACGCCCCGCAGCACCGUGGGCGUGGCCGUGCUCAACAACAAGCUGUACGCGGUGGGCGGGCGGGACGGCAGCUCCUGCCUGAGGUCGGUGGAGUGCUUCGACCCGCACACCAACAAGUGGAGCACCUGCGGUCAGAUGGCCAACCGCCGCGGCGGAGUGGGCGUGGCCACGUGGAACGGCUUCCUGUACGCCAUCGGGGGCCACGACGCGCCCGCCUCCAGCCUCGCCUCGCGGCUGUCGGACUGCGUGGAGAGGUACGACCCCAAAACAGACACCUGGACUGCCGUGGCCCCCAUGAGCAUCAGCCGGGACGCCGUGGGGGUGUGUCUCCUGGGCGACCGUCUCUACGCGGUGGGGGGCUACGACGGGCAGAUCUACCUCAACACGGUGGAAGCCUACGACCCCCAGACCAACGAGUGGACUCAGGUAGCGCCCCUGUGUCUGGGGAGGGCGGGGGCCUGCGUGGUGGCGGUUAAACUGUGACAGCCCGCCGCGGGCCGUCUCCACGGUUACUUUAAUGUGACUUCGCCGCCGUUCUCCAAAAAACUUACCUACACGGAAGACGGAAGUUUUUUUUCCAGACACGAGGCCCUGUCAUCUACUCCCCAAACGAUGAGGACUUUGCUCCUGUGGAGUUUGGUUGAACUGAUUUUGAGUUUGAGCCGAGCGGAGGCCCUGCUUCAGUCCUUCCUCUCGUCUCCAUUGGCAUGGCGGAUGGGGGGUCGUUCGCUUGUAAAGUUUCCGUGUCUCCCUCCUCACUGCUUUAACCAGCUGGGUCGAAACUAUGACGUUUAAAUGUCAAACCGUUCCCCCUGAAAGUAUUAUAAAUGCAGAGCUGGAAAGACUAGGGGUCAGAAAGUAAACGUCCUUCGAUGACUUUCUUCCACCCAUGAACUCAGCCAGCUGAUUUCACUAGUUAGUUCUCCCCCCUGGCUGAAGAAUUGUGCUAAUUAGUAAAAUCCAGGUGAUUGGAACAAAAUACUGGGGAGGACUUUUAUUUUCUGAAUCUGGAUUUUCCAUCUCUGCUUAAAUGUAAUUCAAUUUUCCUGCCAUUCAUUUUGUCCACAGCCAGUUUGGUCACAGCCAGGAUAACAGUAGCCAGACUGGAGGCAGAACUGGAAUCGUUUUUUCAAUUGUCACUAUUUUUUUUUUCUCCUUCCAGGACAUGUCUGUGACCUAAAAAGUGAAGCAGAGCUUUGUUUUUGUAUGCCUGGGCUUGCCUACAGUACAUACUUUAAAUUCCCCAGAAACUUCCUUUUGUUUUUCACUGGAGACAGAACAGAGUAAGAUGGAUGGAAGAAAACAGAAGAACAGAGUGAAAGAGAGAGAGCCAUCUAUUAGCUCCUGUCCUCCACACAGGGAAACAAUUGUAUUAGGAAGCCCAUAGAAUGAGCAGGCUGUUUCUUCAGAUGGACUUUAAUAAGAACAUGACAGAAAGGGGCCUGAUGGAAGGCAAUGUUGAGGUAAAAGCUUGGAAGAGGUGAGGAGUGAGGUAUCUCUCCCCAGGCACAGCAGCUCCAGGGUGGGCUGGGAGCCAGGGAAGGGCAGGGCGCUUGUAUGUGCUAUAUGCACCCCAGCCAGCAGGGGGCUCACUAACUAAAACUGCACAGCUCUGAAUUGCGACUUUUUCUCUCAAGAUUGUCGGCGGAGGGCCAUCUCAAUUAAUGUUAGCAAGCGCCACAUUUACAUGAAAAUGAGGUGUGGAUACUCUUGGGCCACAGUGUUGUACAUGGAGUCAUUAUGAGGGUGCCAAGAUGGAUUGCAAAACAUCUGUACAUCUGUCAAUCUUCUAUGUAAGAGGUGGAACGGGGGGUGGAGGUCAUGCGGUGCAAAGCUGUCCACAGCAUAUUGGCCACAAUAAAUACACAGAUGCUGUGCGGUGGCAAAACAUCAAUGCUGUUUUAAUUAGGUAAUACAGUUUGUGAAGUCCCCGAACUGAUCCAAAUGUGCUGAUGGAGCAACAAAACAUGGUUAAAACUAGAGCUGGCAUUAUUGCAUUUAGUAUUUUAUUUUAUUUGACUUUUUUUGCUGCCUCAUCAUUGUUCGUUUGGAGAUAAAUGCAGGAACUGUUAGCUGCAGGAGUUUGGUGUGCACAAUUUUUUUUUACCACUUGUAAAUUGAGGAGACAUUUUGAGGCAUUUUUAACGUAUUUAUUUGUUCAGGAAUAACCGUUAACUGAGAAGAUAACUGUGUGUAAGGCUGGUGGUGUGGACACAGUAAAAUUCCCAGUGUUAAAUUGACACUAACAGAGUGCACUGACCAUAUUUACUCUGUAAGGGUUGAUUUAACACUGAAAGUUUCACUGUGUAACUAACAGGGGCUGUUUAGAUUGUGGUGUAGGCAGGAGUCUUAGGCUGAAGUAUUGAUUGCAUUUUCAGUUCCUGCUAGACCUUGAAUUCGAGCAUCCUUCUCAUCAUGGUUGCUGAUGUCGAGGCAUUGUUCUGAAUAUGUGGGUAAAAAAUCACUACUGUAACAGACUGGGGCCCAUGGUAACUUGAUGUGGCCUUUUUUUCCACAAAUAAUUAAUGUUGGGGGCCUCCUGAGUGGAAAAUUCCCAUUGAGGGACUUACUCUUUGUGCAGUUAUCUGACCUACGCUCUGACUUAAAGUUCCAUAAGACAGCGCAUCACUUGCUAUAGGGUUUCGUAGGGAGGGAGGGAGGGGCUAUGCUAGGGGAGUGUUGCCCACCUCAUCGCUCAUUGUCAACUCUCAUAGCUGAUUGGUUCAAGCCACAACCUGCCUGUGCUGGCUGCGUCAUUGGUCAAUCCUCAUAGCCCGGCAUCAACAUAAGAAAAGUCAACUGGCUGCACACAUUUCAUGCUUGUGUGCUCACUCCUGAAUUGACAGAUGCCAUUAUAAUACGGCAAGCUGUGAUUGGGCAUUUCAAACCUGGGAAGAAAUACUGGAAAAAUUCUGAUGGCUGUUGGAAUGUUGUCAAUUUGGAGUUUGUGGAAAAAGUACUUUGAUCAGGCUGUUUGUCUACAGGACCUUAACACUCAGGUACCUAUACUAGAGCCAGCUUGACUUUAAAACAUCCUUUGUUUUGCCUAUAUUCACACAAAAAAAGAACAACACUUUCUCCAUCCAUGCAUUGCUUCAAGGUCUAUAUGAUGUGUGCCAAACAAAUUAUGUUAAUGGAAGAGGAAUGUGAAUAAUUAGUUGGCAUCACUUCCUUCCUGGUUUUUAAGAAGAAAAUCAUUUGGCAGAUGUAUUACAUUCUGUCUCCAUUUGGCUGUGUGGAGCUCCAUUUUGAGAGGACCAAGUCUCUGUCCUCUGUGACAAUGUAGUGUUGCCAACUGGAAAUUUGAAUGUUAAAAAAAAACUGUGUAGCAUCUCCAUAAUUUGUAGAAAAUGUUUAUUGUGAAACUUAUUGUACAUUGAUUUUAUACAGGCGCUGACAAACUGAACUGUUGUUUCAUCUGCAUAAUAAACUGUGUGUACAGGUUAA